AUGGGCAAAAUAAAAGUUGCAGGUUUUGAAGAGUCUGAGUUUGGAGAGGCAAAGGUGAAGCAGUAUAAAAUGGAGCACUAUCUGAAUCACUUUGGAGGAAUCAAAGUGGACAGAAUUGUAGGAGUGUUCAAUUUCAAAGGGGAGAGGCUAACGAGCUUGAUCAUUGCCCUGCCGAAAUUAUGCAGACUCAAGCUCUUUGCCUUUGCUGCCACAACCAUUUUGCUUCUCUCUGUCUGUGCAGUUCAGUUGAGCACGCUCAGCGAUAUCAUGAAGCCCCGGGUCUUGAUGUUCCGCUCUAACUCUCAGCCUAUUGCUCCGCCACAACCACAAACAACUGAAACUGAAAGGGAUUAUGAGAAUAAUGGAUUUCUGAUGGUCUCAUCAAAUGGAGGGUUGAAUCAAAUGCGAGCUGGUAUUUGUGACAUGGUAGCUAUUGCAAGGUUUAUGAAUGUCACACUUAUAGUUCCUGAGUUGGAUAAUACCUCCUUCUGGAAUGAUCGCAUUCGGUUUGAGGUCAUAUUUGAUGUGGAUUACUUCAUAUCAUCGCUGAGAGAUGAGGUUCGGAUAUUGAAAGUUCUGCCUCAUGACCAGAUCAGGAGAGUGGAGAUAGCUACUCUCUAUUCCAUGCCACCUGCUAGUUGGUCUAACAUGUCAUAUUACGACCAAGUGAUUCUUCCUCGGAUAAAGUAUGGAGUUCUGAAUUUUACUAAAACUGAUGCCAGGCUUGCAAAUAAUGGGAUCCCAAAAGAGGUUCAAGAACUGCGGUGCAAAGCGAAUUACAAGGCUCUGAGAUUCACGCCUCCCAUUGAGGAAUUGGGGAAGAAGAUUGUUAGGAUUCUGAGGGAAAAGGGUCCAUUCUUAGUUCUUCAUCUGAGAUAUGAAAUGGACAUGUUGGCAUUUUCUGGUUGCACUGAGGGUUGCAAUGACAAAGAAACUGAAGAAUUGACAAAUAUGAGGUUUGCUUAUCCAUGGUGGAAAGAGAAAAUAAUAGAUUCUGAAAAGAAAAGAAAAGCUGGGUCAUGCCCUUUAACUCCUGAGGAAACUGCCCUUGCUUUGAGGGCAUUGGAUAUUGAUCCCGGCAUCCAAGUUUACAUUGCCGCAGGCGAUAUAUAUGGAGGAGAAAGGAGAAUGGCAUCUCUGAGAUUAGCCUUUCCCCAUAUGGUUAAAAAGGAAUCAUUGCUUAGAGCCUCAGACCUUGAGCCCUUCCGCAAAGAUUCGAACCAAAUGGCGGCAUUAGAUUACAUUGUGUCACUGGAAAGUGACAUCUUUGUUCCUACUUAUGGGGGAAACAUGGUAAGAGUUGUUGAAGGCCAUAGAAGGUACUUGGGAUUCAGGACAACAAUUCGUGUAGACAGAAUGCUUCUGGUGGAUUUUAUAGACCAGUACAAGAACGGAACUCUGAGCUGGGAUGAAUUUUCCCAGGCAGUGAAAACAGGACAUGCCGAUCGCAUGGGUAUCCCAACUCAAAGAUUGGAGAUUCCUGGCAAGCCCAAGGAGGAAGAAAAUUUCUAUAACAACCCAGAGGAAUGUUUGCCACCAAUUCCCUAA